GUGAGGUUGGGGGUGGGGCCCGCAGAGCUGGGGUCCUCAACCCGCCAGCUCCUGACCUGCGCGUGCGCAAUUCAUUCCUACUCUGCUCCUGGAACGGCGUGUGUAGCAGCAAGAUGGGAAAGUGCCGCGGGCUCCGCACGGCCCGGAAGCUACGCAGCCACCGGCGGGACCAGAAGUGGCACGACAAGCAAUACAAGAAGGCGCACCUGGGCACGGCGCUCAAGGCCAACCCCUUCGGGGGCGCUUCGCACGCCAAGGGCAUCGUCCUGGAAAAAGUGGGUGUGGAGGCUAAGCAGCCCAAUUCUGCCAUCAGGAAGUGUGUGAGAGUCCAGCUGAUCAAAAACGGCAAGAAAAUCACCGCCUUUGUUCCAAAUGAUGGCUGUUUGAACUUUAUUGAGGAAAAUGAUGAAGUGUUAGUGGCUGGCUUUGGCCGAAAGGGCCAUGCUGUUGGUGAUAUUCCUGGAGUCCGAUUCAAAGUUGUCAAAGUAGCCAAUGUUUCUCUUCUGGCUUUGUACAAAGGCAAGAAAGAGAGACCAAGAUCAUAAAGUGACUUGUACAAUAAAUUUUUUCAUUUAAA